UUUUUUUUUUUUUUUUAAAUAUACUAAAAUCACUAAUUUGAAUAAACUCAAUAUUUAUGGCUGCAAUGACCGUUUCGACUUCGGAAACAAUGCCAUGGGAAGAUGUUAAGUUAGCUCAGAACGAUUCAAAUACUGGACUUCUAAAUGGGCUAAAUACGCCUCCGCAAACAUUUGCAGAGAAGGGAGAAAAAAUGGAUACUGAAGAUAUAAGUGGUAAUGGUAUAGGUAGUGAAGGCGUUAACAGUCCACAAAUACAUUCAGCUGUUACUGUUGGAUCUGCCAACGAAGCUAGAACUAGCCAAUCACCUGUUCCAGGAGAUACCAUCAGAAGUGGUUAUUCAAGGAAAUACGCAAAUAGACACGGUCCUGGUUACGGUAAUAACGUAAAUGCACAAAGAGCAGUUUUUGAUGGUAAAAGAAUGAGAAAGGCUAUUCAAAGAAGAACCGUAGAUUUCAAUUGUUCUAUUGGAAAAUACCAACAGGAUAGAAUAUGGAUUCGAGAUCAAAGAAGUAUGAAACUCCUGAGACCCAAGGCAGAUUUUAUUAUAAAUCUUUUACCACCGUCAGCGUAUUUGCAUAAUCCAGUAAAUGCAGUAGCGACAAAAUAUGUACACACGUCAACAAACAAAAAUCGAUAUCCAGUUAAUGUUGUCCGGUGGACACCCGAAGGAAGACGUUUAAUUACAGGAUUAUCAAGUGGCGAGUUCACAUUAUGGAAUGGAUUGACUUUUAACUUUGAGACUAUUUUACAGGCACAUGAAUCAGCAGUACGAGCGAUGAAGUGGAGUCAUAACGAUAAUUGGAUGGUAACGGCAGAUCACAAGGGUAUUAUAAAAUAUUGGCAAUCCAAUAUGAAUAAUUUGAAGAUGAUCGAAGGUCAUAAAGAAGCUAUACGAGAUUUAUCUUUUGCGCCAACCGAUACAAAAUUUGCUACAUGUUCAGACGAUAGAACUAUUAAAAUAUGGGACUUUAAUGAAGGAAUUGAAGAAAAUGUUUUAUCCGGACAUGGUUUAGAUGUAAAAGCUGUUGAUUGGCAUCCAUAUAAAUCUUUAUUAGCAUCAGGAUCCAGGGAUAGUCUUAUAAAAUUUUGGGAUCCCAAAUCCGGAAAGAAUGUCGCCACUUUACAUGGACAUAAGAAUAAUAUUCUUGGUUUACAAUGGAAUAAAAAUGGUAAUUGGUUAGGAACCGCAUCAAGAGAUCAAUUAGUCAAAGUUUAUGAUAUUAGAACGAUGAAAGAUUUACAAACUUUCCGUGGGCAUAAUAAAGAAGUGUGUUCGAUUACAUGGCAUCCAUUCCAUGAGAAAUUGUUGACUACGGGCGGAUCAGACGGGUGUUUGAUGAACUGGAUUGUUGGGCAAGAUGAAUUGGUUGAAUCAAUCGAAUAUGCUCAUGAUCAAAAUAUUUGGUCACUUGAUUGGCAUCCGAUAGGACAUAUUUUGGUAUCAGGUUCAAAUGAUCAUUCGACGAGAUUUUGGACAAGAACACGUCCUGGUGAUACAUCUCAAGAGAAAUUCCAGGUUAACAGGCCAAAAAUGGAUGAGAAUAUGUCAAAGGAAUCUGCCAUAGAUGAUGAAUUAAAAAUGCCAGGUGUACAAUUAUUCAGUCGUUAUAAUGGUGUUGAUGGUAGUGGAGAUAAUUUAGAUGUGGUUAAUGAUGAAUUUAUUAGAAGUGAAGAAAGGUUAAUUAAUGAUCAAUAUUUAGCAGAUCCAAUGGAUACUAGCUUUAUGAGCACAGAAUUACCGUUACCACAUUCGCAAGAUAAAGACUAUUUAUUUAACAUAAAGCAACAACAAUUAAAUAGUCUAAUUAAAUAGAUAUUUAUAAUUGUAUUUUAAUUUUAUAUUUGU